AUGUCAUUUUUGGGAGAAACAAGCAGCCAGACCAUUGCUAACUCUAUAUUAGCCUUCAUUUUUCUGAAUGGAUCAAUCACUCACAACCAAACUGGUGUUUACUUUCAAAGUCCCACUCCAACACCAAUGCGAGUUCCUAACGACUGUUCUUUUGAUACACUCAAGCGUAGAAUGCACAACACCCUUCAACUAACCAAUGAUCAAUUAAUGGAUGAAAUCUACUACCGACAACCAUUCAUAGAUGCAGAAUUAUUAUGUACCAUUAUUAGAACACCGGAUGCUAUACUCAACCUGCUUCAAUCAACUAUCACUCCUACUCAUGAUGCAGUUAUGUAUUACAACGGGAAGUGGAACAUACCACGUCAAGUAAAAAUAUUAGUGGUUAUUGUUUUUUCUCUUUAUCUUCGUAAGAUAUCUGUUCUUGGACAUCGCUUAUUUCUAAUAUAUGCAGUUCCUCUGGGUCUGGCAAUUACAUGGGCAUUUGCUUUCUUGCUGACUGAAGCAGGAGUUUACAACUACAAAGGGUGUGAUGUAAAUAUACCUGCCUCAAAUAUGGUUUCAGAGCACUGCAGAAAGCAUUUUUCAAGGAUGAGGCACUGUCGGGUUUCCUCUACAUGGUUUAGGUUUCCUUAUCCACUACAAUGGGGUACUCCUGUCUUCCAUUGGAAAAUGGCUAUUGUAAUGUGUGUGGUUUCCUUAAUCUCAUCUGUGGAUUCGGUUGGCUCAUACCAUGCAUCUUCAUUAUUGGUAGCAUCCAGACCGCCAACUCCUGGAGUUCUUAGUCGAGGAAUUGGUUUGGAAGGUCUUUCCAGUGUCUUGGCUGGUCUCUGGGGAACUGGAACUGGAUCUACAACUUUAACUGAAAAUGUUCACACAAUUGCUGUGACUAAAAUGGGAAGCCGCAAGGCAGUUCAACUGGGUGCAUGCUUUCUGAUAGUGUUAUCGCUUGUAGGUUUGCAAUGCUUUUACUGGAAAACCCUUCACCUUGUAAGCGUUUACCUGAUGGCUCCAAAAGGGUUCGGGUUCCUCAUUUAGUUAAUACCAAGGUAAGCUAAAAGAAGCCAUAGUUAUUUGUUUCUCAGUUUAUGUAGUGGUUAGUACUUAGUUAAUACUACUCGAGCUUAUAACUAUUUUCAGUGAAGAGCGAAGAAGGCAUAGUUAUUCUUGAAGAAGCUCAGUGAGCUGCUCUUCUCUUUGUAUUUAGCAAUGCUAUAUCUAUCUUCCAUAAAAAAUUAUUAUUAUUACUAUUUACAAUAAACGGUGAUAUUAGAAAACCUUAUUAAAGGUUAUUA